AUGUUGAAAUCAUUCAUACUUACCGCCAUAAUCUAUUUUUAUUCUAGACCAUUCACUACUGGUAAUUUAAAAGAAAUACCCAAAGAAUUUACAAGUCAUAAAUUGACCAAUUUAAUCGAUAGUCUACGCAGUCAGCUGUCAAUCAUGACUGAUGAAAAGAGUAUUGAGUUGGAAGAUCGUUUAGAAUUUAUGAAAAGAAUACGACCAGAAAUAUGUUUAACAAAAUAUCAGAAUAUCCCAAUUAAAGGUCAUACACACAUUGCUAUGAAACGUAUGCAUCAACUGGCACGUUAUGAUAAAGCAGCUAGUGAAUUGGCUCGUAAAACUGCUGAGAAGAAAGAAUUAGCACCUUGGUAUGUGGAUUUGUUAAUCGAUUUGGCAGAAUUAUUAAAUGAACACAAAAUUAAGUAUGUUCUGUCAAAACUUAAAAUUUAUGCUCAGUUAUCACCGAGUCAAUUCACUGUGUUAUCAUUCACACGUGUUCUUCAGUCUCUCACCCUAUGGGAAAUUCUCCUGCCAGCUACUACUGUAGCUAUUGAUUUUAUACGAAUGCGUGUUUUAGAUAUGUCCAUUGAAGAAUAUUUGGACUGGUUAUGUGAAUUAUCACCGAGUCAAUUCACUGUGUUAUCGUUCACACGUGUUCUUCAGUCUCUCACUCUAUGGGAAAUUCUGCUGCCAGCUACUACUGUAGCUAUUGAUUUUAUACGAAUGCGUGUUUUAGAUAUGUCCAUUGAAGAAUACUUGGACUGGUUAUGUGAAGCACAUCCAAAAGUCAAAAGUUACAUCCUUCAUGAAAAUGAAAGUGAAUCUUGA